AAUACAGCGUUUUGUAAAAAAUAUCCAAAAUGUAGUCGACGACCUAAGAGACGACAUGUUAUGUUUUGUGGCUAUGUCGGCCUUACAGUGUCACUAUAAGGCCGGAAUGCUAACGUUGUGGCUCACUGAACGCCCGCGUUUCUACUCCGUUCAUUUUUGUGGUAUGGUCCGGUUGGGACCGACAACCUGCAGGGUUAAAACGGGGGGUAAACUGAUUAUCGAUGAGGCUAUUUUGCUUGUUAAAUCAAAUAAUUGUGUGGCGAUUCUUCCACCGUAACUCAUGUAUCCACGCGUGUGUGCAUUUGGGCUCAGUUUCCCCGGCGGCCUGGCCGGCAAACGUUAGCCGCCUUGCGAGCGUUUUACCCCCGCUGAGAAGUGGCUAGUGACCGCUCUGUGCAAGCAGGUGUCCCUGAGUGUCUCAAGUGGACGUAGGCUUCACACCGCGUCGCCAUGGAAGCCAAGCCAGAGCCCUCUGCCGCGUGGAGUCAGUCUGCCAACACGGAAUCCGCCGAGACGACACAGGUGCAUUUUGAAAGUGGAACAGUGGCCCAGAUAGUCUACAGCGGAGACAGUGGAGGCCAGGCCGAGGGUGGUCAGCAGCAGGUGGUCUACACGGCAGACGGCAGCUCGUACACCUCAGUGGAGUCUGCUGAGCACACGCUGGUCUACAUCCACCCCGCAGAUGGCACGCAGGCCGUGUUUGCAGACCAGCCUCAAGUGGCGUACAUUCAGCAGGACGGCACCACUCAGCAGGUGGCGGUUUUGCUGCCAAGCGGGCAAAACAUGAACGCCGCCAGCUUACACGUGCUCAGUAACGUGGCAGAGGCUCCACAGGCUGCACUGGAGCCAGUGUCCCAGGAGCACCUGUCCGUAUCCAACUCACUCACCGAGAUGGCGGACCCCCCAUCCAGCCCACUGGGGGCCAUGGACACCACGGAUGACACGGAUGAAGAUGACGAGGAAGACUCUGAGAUGGAUGACUGGGAGCCUCGUCAGCCGUUCAACCCUCACAACCUCUGGUGCGAGGAGUGUAACAACGCCAACCCCUCUGAGUGUUUGGACCACGGUCCCCUGCACCCCGUCCCCAACAGGCCGGUGAUGUCUCGGGCCCGGGCCAGCCUGCCCUUAGUCCUCUACAUCGAUCGUUUCCUGGGCGGGGUCUUCUGCAAGAGACGUAUCCCCAAGCGCACGCAGUUUGGCCCCGUGGAGGGACCCCUGGUUCCUGAGAGCGAGCUGCAGGACAACUACAUUCAUCUGAAACUUAGCGUGCUGGAUGCGGAGAAAGACGGAGAGAAAUCCGAGGACACUUGGCUGGACCUUUCCGACGAGGACAGCUGCAACUGGAUGAUGUUUGUCAGGCCCGCUGAGAACCACCUGGAGCAGAACCUGGUGGCGUAUCAGUACGGCGCCGAGAUCUUCUACACCUCCAUCAAGAACAUCGAACCCAAGCAAGAACUGAAGGUGUGGUACGCAGCAUCGUAUGCGGAGUUCGUCAACCAGAAGAUCCACAGUGUUACGGAGGAAGAGAGGAAAGUUCUGCGGGAGCAGGAGAAGAACUGGCCAUGUUACGAGUGCAGCCGACGCUUUGUGAGCUCCGAACAACUUCAGCAGCAUCUCAACCUGCAUGACAACAUGAUCCACUCUGUUAGCAGGUCCCGAGGUCGCGGCCGAGGGAGAGGCAGGAGGCGAUUCGGGACAGGAAGGAGACCCGGACGUCCGCCGAAAUUCAUACGUUUGGAUGCUCCGGUAGAAGAUGAUGCAGACAAGGCGACGGAGAUGCUGGAGCUGGCGGAGGCACAGCCGCUGGAGGAGCCUGCGGAGGCAGCUCAAAACGGCGUGGAGGUGAUUGUGUCGGAGCCCGACACCGAGGUGGAGAACCAAAUGAUGUUGGACUCCGGUGAGCCUGCCCAGCCCUCCGUUGUGGACACGACUGUCCCGGUGAAGGAGGACCCUGCACAAAGCCAAUCGGACCAAUCGGACGCUCAGCUCUCGUCUCAGGACAUGCGGCGUGCGAAGAGGAUACGGAACGCGGCGUUGCAGCAUCAUUUCAUCCGGAAGAGUUUCCGUCCCUUCAAGUGCAAACACUGCGACAAGGCCUUCCGUGACAAGGACAAGCUGGACCAGCACCUGCGGGUCCACGGCCGCGACACCUUCGUCUUCCCCUGCCACCUGUGCAGCAAGACCUUCAUGACCGACACGGCCCUUGACGACCACCUGCUUGUGCACACGGCUAGCCGCGCGUACUCGUGUCUCUUGUGCACCGAGACCUUCGACAGGCUGGACUCGCUCAGAGAUCACAUCGAGGUGCACGGCGUGGACGGGACCUUCACCUGCCCGUCCUGCAAGAAGACCUUUGCAGACUUCAUCCAGGUGAAGAAGCACAUCCGCUGUUUCCAUUCAGCAAAGAUCUUCCAGUGUCCAAGCUGUGAAAAAGCCUUCUGUCGGCCGGACAAACUGCGGCUACACAUGCUGCGCCACUCGGACCGCAGGGACUUCCUCUGCUCAACAUGUGGCAAGCAGUUCAAGAGGAAAGAUAAGCUGCGGGAGCACAUGCAGCGUAUGCACAAUCCCGAACGGGAGGCCAAGAAAGCCGAACGCAUCCUCCGCUCCAAAAACCUGAAAUUGAAGGCCCCCACCACCGACUUUGAGAGCUUUAUGUUCAAAUGCAGGCUGUGCAUGAUGGGAUUCCGACGCCGGGGAAUGCUGGUCAACCAUUUGUCCAAGCGUCAUCCUGAGAUGCGUGUGGACGACGUCCCCGAGCUGACGCUGCCCAUCAUCAAGCCCAACAGGGACUACUUCUGCCAAUAUUGUGACAAGGUAUAUAAGAGCGCCAGCAAGAGGAAGUCGCACAUACUGAAGAACCACCCGGGCGCAGAGUUGCCGCCCAGCAUCCGCAAGCUGCGUCCGGCGGCUCCCGGGGAGCCCGACCCCAUGCUGACCACGCACACGCAGCUGGCCGGCACCAUCGCCUACGCACCCGUCUGCUGCCCGCACUGCGCCAAACAGUACAGCAGCAAGACUAAGAUGGUGCAGCACAUCAGGAAGAAGCACCCAGAGUUCGCUCAGCUCGUCAACACCAUCCAGGCUCCUCUGGCGACGGCCGUCAUCAGCAGCACUCCCGCCGUCAUCAGUGCAGACGGCACGGCCGCCGAAGCAGUGGUGACCACCGACUUGUUGACGCAGGCCAUGACUGAGCUCUCCCAGACGCUCACCACAGACUACAGAACGGCGCAGGGAGACUACCAGAGGAUCCAGUACAUCCCCGUGUCCCAGGCAGGAGGCAGCCUGUCCCAGCCGCAGCACAUUCAGCUGCAGGUGGUCCAGGUGGCGCCGGCUUCCUCCCCUCAUUCCCAGCAGCCGGGUGUGGAUGUUGGCCCGUUGCAUGACCCGCAUGGCUACAGCCAGCACUCCAUCCAGGUCCAGCACAUCCAAGUCACAGAGCCCUCAGCAUCUGGACCAGGUGUCACCCAGGUCACCACCCAGCCUUUGAGCCCCAACUCCCAACAGACCAAUCAGGAUCUGAGCCCUGCCCAGCUGACCCCCGUGACCCUGGCUCAGAGCCACAGCCUCCAGAGCAGCAGCAGUAGCAGCAGCAGCAGCAACGGCAGCAACAGUACCACCCAGCAGCAGCAGCAGGGGGCGGUGCAGCAUGCCUACAUACCUGGCAACUGGAACUACAGAAGCUACCCUUCGGAGAUCCAAAUGAUGGCUCUGCCUCACGCGCAGUACGUCAUCGCCGAGGCCGCCACACCGGUGAGCGGAGCCAACAGCAACCAGGUGAAAACGACGCAUUACGUGAUCUCUGAAGGUCAGACCGAGCUGGACGCAAAGCCGCCUGGUCCUCCGAUCUCGGGUCAGAAUCACGGCGAACAUCUGGAGCAGCCGAGCAGCCAGCAAGCCACCACGCAGUACAUCAUCACCACCACCACCAACGGCAGCGGCGCCAGCGAGGUCCACAUCACCAAACCAUGAACACGCCGACCUUUUUUUUUUUUUUAAAAAAGAAAGAAGUUAAAAAAGACAAAGUAAAGAGCAGCACAGUUUUAUGUGUUAAGUGUUAGAACGAUGUUGUAUCACACCAAGCUGCUAGAAUCUCAGCCAGUGACAAAUAGAACUUACUAUCCAAACUGACCUCACGUGGAGGGGCGGAGCCUCAUGGACAUCUUGCUGAGUCAUUAUUUUGGACAUCUCGCACGUAUUUCUGCAGUACUUUUGUUUAGUUUUUUUUUGUGCACCAUAACUGUGACGGUAAAUGAAAACAACAGUCAUGUUUUCUUGCUGCAUUUGCUUGACAUUUUAGGAUAGAUUUUUCCCCUUUUAUGUUGUGUCCAAACCACAAGAUGUAUGUUUUUAUAGUAAAAUGUAUCCGGGUCUAUUUUUUAUAUGCACUUUUCAUUGUUGUGGACAUGUUUAAAGGAGACUUCUCUUGUACUAAGGUUAAAAUCCCUACAAAAGCUCGUACUAUUUU